UUCCUUGCCCUCUCUAUGGCCCGGCGGCGGGCGGGCGGCGCGGCGGGGCCCCGCUGAGGCGGCGGCGGCGGGGACGGGGCCGGGGGCGGCCCGGGGAGGGCCCGGCAUGGAGCCCGAGACGCUGGAGGCUCGUAUCAACAAGGCCACCAGCCCGCUGAACAGGGACCUGGACUGGGACGGCAUCGGCGCCUUCUGCGAGCAGCUCAACAAGGAGCUGGAGGGCCCGCCGCUCGCCACCCGGCUGCUGGCGCACAAGAUCCAGUCCCCGCAGGAAUGGGAAGCCAUCCAGGCCCUCACGGUGCUGGAGUCCUGCAUGAAGAGCUGCGGCAAGCGCUUCCACGAUGAGGUGGGCAAGUUCCGCUUCCUCAACGAGCUCAUCAAGGUGGUGUCACCCAAGUACCUCGGCAGCCGGACACCAGAAAAAGUGAAGUCCAAGAUCCUGGAGCUGAUGUACAGCUGGACGCUGGGGCUGCCUCACGAGGUGAAGAUCUUGGAGGCCUACCAGAUGCUGAAGAAACAAGGCAUUGUGAAAUGUGACCCCAAACUGCCUGACGAUGCUCCUUUCCCGCCGCCGCCUCCUCGUCCCAAGAACAUCAUCUUUGACGACGAAGAGAAAUCGAAGAUACUGGCUCGCCUCCUGAAAAGUUCCCAUCCCGAGGACCUCCGGGCUGCCAACAAGCUCAUCAAGGAGAUGGUUCAGGAGGACCAGAAGCGCAUGGAGAAGAUCUCCAAGAGGGUGAAUGCCAUCGAGGAGGUGAACAACAACGUGAAGCUGCUGACAGAGAUGGUGACAAACUACAGCAAGGGGGAGACGACGGAGAGCAACGAGGACCUAAUGAAGGAGCUGUAUCAGCGCUGCGAGCGCAUGAGGCCCAUGCUUUUCCGGCUCGCCAGUGACACAGAAGACAAUGAUGAAGCUUUGGCGGAGAUCCUGCAAGCCAACGACAACCUGACACAGGUGAUCAAUCUCUACAAGCAGCUUGUGCGGGGCGAAGAGAUCAACGGGGAGGUGCUGGCUGGUCCCCUGCGAGGUAGCACCUCAGCGCUUCUGGAUCUGUCAGGACUGGACCUCCCAGCAGCAGGCCCUUCCUACCCAGCCCUGCCCACCCUCUCCGGUGGCUCGGCAGUCCCUGUGCCUGAGCAGGCUGGCUCUGUCUCGUUGCUGGAUGAUGAGCUCAUGUCUUUAGGCCUGAACGAUCCAGCGCCGCAUCCUGCCCAGGCUGGUGACAGCAGUGGCUGGAACAGCUUCCAGUCAUCCGAUAGCAGCGAGCUCAGCAUCGCCCCCGUUGUGGCAGCACCGCCAGUCAAAGCAGACGCGGGCACGUCCUCCCCCAAACCUUCAGCUUGCACAAGUGGCCUGGAUGACUUGGACCUCCUGGGCAAGACUCUGCUGCAACAGUCUCUGCCUCCGGAGUCCCAACAAGUGCGAUGGGAGAAGCAGCCACCCCCCCGGCUCACCCUGAGGGAUCUCCAGAACCGGAGCAGCUCUGGCUCCUCAGCCCCCAACCCCAGUGCUCUGCCCGUGCUGCAGAGCACUUCUAACCCGCCGCUGCCCCUGACCUCGGAGGUGCCUGCCCCUGCUGCGCUUCCAAAAGCUGCGACCACGCCGCCGGGAAGCGCUCCUGGCCCAGCACGGCCUCCUGCCACCACGCUGCCCCAGGAGAUCUCGCUGGCCAACAUCACUGUGCCUCUGGAGUCGAUCAAACCCAGCAGCAUCCUCCCUGUGACGGUGUACGACCAGCAUGGUUUUCGUGUCCUCUUCCACUUCGCGAAGGACGCCCUGCCCGAGAGGCCUGACGUGCUGGUGGUGGUGAUUUCUAUGCUGAGCACGGCCCCGCAGCCCAUCCGAAACAUUGUCUUUCAGUCUGCUGUCCCCAAGGUGAUGAAGGUGAAGCUACAGCCUCCCUCGGGCACGGAGCUGCCGGCCUUCAACCCCAUCGUCCAUCCCAGUGCCAUCACACAAGUCCUGCUGCUCGCUAACCCACAGAAGGAGAAAGUGAGGCUACGAUAUAAGCUGACCUUCACCAUGGGAGAGCAAACCUACAAUGAAAUGGGGGAUGUGGACCAGUUCCCCCCACCGGAGUCCUGGGGAAACCUCUAGGGCCGCACGUUGCAGGCACUACAUUGCAGAGUCCUCGGGAAGCCAGCCCUCGGGGGCUGGGGCAGCCCGAGGAGACGGGGAGGGUGGGUGGGGGGCUGCUGCUCACGCUCUGCUCCAGGCGGCCGGGCAAGGGCCAGAGGGAGCCUGCCUCCAGGGUGAGAGCAGAGACACCAGGAGAUGUUCGUCCCACAGGAGCAGAAGCGCAGUCGAGCUUCCUGGGGGUGAA